AUGAUAAAAUUUUCAGUUCCAAGGAUGAAUCUUUAUAAUGAUGUCCGUAAAAUUUAUAAAACCUAUUUUUCCUUUUCGUUAGGUGAUAGAGCAGCAGCAUUCCAUUUAGCAAUGCAAUUCGAAACUCAAUCCGAGUCUGCCAAAGCUGUUCAAUUUUUUACACAAGCAGGGGCAUUUUCAAGUGCUAUUCGUUUAGCAAAAGAAAAUGGAAUGGUGGACAAAAUAGCUAAUUUAGCUUUAAUGGCUGGGGGUUCUGAAUUGGCUGAAGCAGCUGAAUAUUAUAAAAAUUUAAAUGGGCAUGCUGAUAAGACUGUUAUGCUUUAUCAUAAAGUGAGAGAACUGAUUAAUUAA